AAUUAAAAUUACAAUUCUUCAGGGAUCAUGUCAGCAGUACAGGUAGCUCUGAUUCUCUCUCUCGUCUCUCUCUUCUCCCUGCCAGUAAAUGGAGACUAUAAGAUUGGAGUUGGUCGCUAUGACAUUACGGGCCCCGCAGCAGAAAUUGAAAUGAUGGGAAUGGCGAAUCCUUCUCAGAUUGCUAACGGAAUUCAUUUCCGCCAGUACAGCAGAGCCUUUAUUGUCGUGGAUGCAUCUAAUGACACGAACAGGCUCGUCUUUGUUAGUAUUGAUGCGUGCAUGGGGACACAAAUCAUGAAGAAUAAGGUUGUUGAGAAGCUACAGAGCAACAAGACCUUUGCUGGCCUGUACACUGAUGAUAAUGUUUGUAUAUCAGGGACCCACACCCACUCCGGACCGGCUGGGUACUUCCAGUACCUGCUCUACGAAAUCACGUCAAGGGGUUUCUCACAAGAAACUUUAGACGCAAUCGUGGAUGGUAUUGUGGAGAGUAUUGCAGAGGCUCAUCAGAACAUAGUCCCAGGGAAGCUCCUCUACAAUACCGGGGUACUACUCAAUGCCUCUAGAAACAGGAGCCCAACAGCUUAUUUGCUGAAUCCUGAAGCUGACAAAGCUCUAUAUCAAUACGACACCGAUAAGGAAAUGGUUGUUAUUAAGUUUGUUGAUAAUAAUGGAGCGGAUCUGGGAAUGAUAAAGUACAUCUGUAUGUUGUUAAUGAAACAUUAGUCU